AUGGAGGGAGAUUCAGUCACUCUACACACUGGUGUUGAAACAAACCAACAAGACAGUAUUAAAUGGUAUUUUAAUGACACUCGCAUCGCUCAAAUCACUGGAGAUCUCAGUAAGAUCUGUACAGAUGUUCAGUGUAAUGAAGGAACCGAGAGAUUCAGAGACAGACUGAAGCUGGAUCAUCAGACUGGAUCUCUGACCAUCAUGAACAUCAGAACCACAGACUCUGGAGUUUAUAAACUACUGAUAAAUAACAUCGACAGUGAAAAUAUCUUUAAAUUUAGAGUCCAAAGUGUUCCUGCUGCUGAACAAGAUAAAAUAAAGAGAAAGUCAGUGAAGGAGGGAGAAUCUAUUACUUUACAUUCAGAUGGAGUAAAAAAAAAUAAUAAUUUAAAGAUGUGGUAUUUUAAAGACACUCUGAUCACUGUAAUCACUGGAGAUCAGAGUGAGAUCUGUACAGAUGAUCAGUGUGAAGAGAGAUUCAGAGACCGACUGAAGCUGGAUCAUCAGACUGGAUCUCUGACCAUCACAGACACCAGAACCACAGACUCUGGACUUUAUAAACUACAGAUCAACAGCAGCAGAUUCAGCAUCGUAAAGACAUUCAGUGUUAGUGUCACUGCUGUUCCAGAUUCAACUGUUGUUGCUGCUGCUGUUGUUGUUGUUGUUGCUGUUCUGCUGGUUGUAGUUGCUGGUGUGAUUUACUGUCACCACAGGCGAGCUACACAAGGAAAACAAAAAGGAGAAAGGACACAGCACAAUGAUCAGGAUCAGGAGAAGCAUAUAGAAGGAUUGCCCCUUAUUAGUACUGAUGGAGAGAAAUUCACUGAAGAAACUAACAUCACACGAAGGAUCCUGCUGGAGAGACAUCCGCUGAUGGAACUAACAUCACACGAAGGGUCCUGCUGGAGAGACAGCCGCUGGUGA